UGAAAAAUUAAUUAAUAGACAUUUUGUAUACUUGAUGGCCUACUGCAAUCCUCUCUGCGCAACACGUUUCGAAUGGCACACCUUUCUCUCUCCUCUCUCUCUCCUCCUAUUUCCUACCCACCUUCUUGUCCGCCACUUCAACGGCGAACCUUCGUGGUUGCUUCCAGAAUCCAAGUGGCCUCCGUAACUUCCACCUCCAAUUCACACGCGCCGCCGAGAGUCGUCGUGACUAGAGAGCACGGCAAGAACAGCAAGCUCAUCGCCUCCCUGGCCAAGCAGGGAAUCAGCUGUUUGGAGCUUCCGCUCAUUCAGCAUACACGGGGGCCUGAUCUGGAUAGGCUUUGUACAGUGUUAAGUGAUACUACAUUUGAUUGGAUUGUCAUAACUUCCCCUGAAGCGGGUUCAGUCUUCUUAGAGGCCUGGAAGGCUGCUGGAAGUCCAAAUGUUACAGUAGGGGUUGUGGGGGCUGGUACAGCAAGCAUAUUUGAGGAAGUAGUACAGUCCUCAAAGCGAUCCCUCAACAUUGCCUUUGUGCCAUCCAAAGCAACAGGCAAGGUUUUGGCUUCAGAGCUUCCUAAGAAUGGGAUUGAAAAAUGCACUGUUUUAUAUCCUGCUUCUGCGAAGGCCAGCAAUGAGAUUGAGGAAGGCCUGUCCAAUCGUGGGUUUGAGGUCACAAGGCUAAAUACAUACACAACGGGACCUGUCCAUCGUGUCGACCAAACAGUUUUAAAGCAGGCACUCACCGCUCCUGUCAUAGCAGUUGCUUCUCCUUCAGCUAUUCGUGCCUGGGUCGGUCUUAUUUCAGAGCCAGAGAAAUGGAGCAAUUCAAUUGCCUGUAUUGGUCAGACAACUGCUAAGGCUGCUAAGAAAUUAGGCCUGAGAAAUGUUUACUACCCGGCAAACCCAGGUCUUGAAGGGUGGGUGGGUAGCAUACUUGAAGCGUUGCAAGCAAAUGUACAUUUGUAAAUUUGUAGGCGGUCUGUUUUGCAGGCCCAGGCAGGCUGACCAGGAGAUAGCCGGAGCAGAAAUGGGAAGUUGAAUUUCCUAGUUUCUGCAUAAACUAGCUGCAGAACGAGGACGAAAUAUUUGCAAAGAGUAUGAAUGGAAGGCGUCAAGAUAUUCAACACCCCGAGGGGAUCAUAUUCAUUAGGCAAAGCUUCUUCCUGGUCCCUGAAGAGACUAUUGUGUUUAUGUAAAUUUUGUUUUAUUCAAUUACGCUAUGUAACAGCAGUUUUGGUGCUAUGUUUGACUGCCAGUUCAUGUGUAGUAACGAGAUACGAGUAUAAUUAUUUGUACAUUUUAUUCUUAA